AUGCAGGAACAACGACACGAAGAAGAGGGAGCAGCAGUUGUAGCUGGCCUCCGCUAUGUGCCCGAAUUCAUCACCACUGAGGAAGAGGACGCCAUGGUGCGGUCGUUGGAGCAGCUCGACUGGAACAACCCACUGCCUCGAAGAACGCACCACUUCGGAUACAAGUACGACUUCACUGCUCGAGGCGGUGCCGCUGAGGAACCGUUUCCCGACUGGCUUCGACAGCUGGCGGCCAGGCUGUGUGAAAGUGGGGCGAUGCUCCAUGCGCCUGACCAAGUGAUCGUCAACGAGUAA